AUGGCAGCAGUUGAAGGACAGACCAUCCCCCAGCCCGUGUUCCCGUUUCCCAAUGGCCAUGCGUCGUCAACGGCCGGGGACUUCUCUCGGGCUAUCAAACAGCUGUCUGUGACCGAGAAGGAGGUGGAGGGCACGAAGCCGUCAUUCGAGCUGGAGGAACAUCCGAUAGAUGAGGUUCGUCCGAUCAAGGUCGGCGUCAUUGGAGCAGGACUAUCGGGUAUUACGGCCGGGGUGUUGCUACCGGCGAAACUACCUGGGCUAGAUCUGCGGAUCUACGAUAAGAACGAGGAUGUGGGAGGAACAUGGUUCGAAAACACGUAUCCCGGCGUUCGAUGCGACAUCCCAGCCCAUGUAUACCAGUCUGGAUUCUCACCGAAUACGCAAUGGACGGAAGAGUUUGCCCAAGGACACGAAAUCCGGGCUUACUGGCAGGGACUGGCUCGGAAGUACGACGUGUAUAAGUACCUGCGGUUUCAGCAACAGAUCAAACAGGCCGUAUGGAUCUCCAAUCAGGGCAAGUGGAAAGUGACGAUCGAGGACUUGCGUGAGCCAGGAAAGAUCUACGACGAGUACCUUGACGUUUUGAUAAACGCCAUCGGCCACUUCAAUGCCUGGAAGCUGCCAGAUUACCCUGGCCGGGAUGAAUACCAAGGAGCUCUAUUCCACUCCUCGCACUGGGACCACAAUGUUGACCUGAAGGGCAAACGAAUUGCCUUGAUUGGAAACGGAGCGUCUGGGCUGCAGGUGUUGCCAUCAAUCCAGCCCAUUGCUGAGCACGUCGAUCACUAUGCGCGUAACAAAACGUGGAUUGCCGAUUCAUUCGGCACAACAGGUGUACGUCGAUUGGAACCGAACUUGUUCCCCGCCGACCAGCUGGAGGGCUUCAAAGACCCGGAUGUCUAUCUCGCAUACCGCAAGAAGGUGGAAAGUGGCUACUUCUCCCGCUUUGGCGCCAUCUUCAAGGAUUCCCCAGAGAAUCGGGACCAACGGGAGAAAUGGACACAACUCAUGCUCCAGCGGAUCAAAGACAAACCAGAAUUGGCUGAUAAGAUCAUCCCCGACUUUCCGCCCAACUGUCGUCGACCAACCCCCGGUCCAGGGUACCUCGAGGCUCUGACGAAGGAGAACGUCAGCUAUAUCCAGACGCCGAUCCAGAGAUUCACACCUACCGGAAUUGUCACCACGGAUGGAGUCGAGCGUCCAGUGGACGUGGUGAUCUGUGCUACCGGCGCCAACGUGGACCACGCUCCACCCUUUUCCAUCAUCGCCGACGGGGUCGACUUGAAGACUGCAUGGAAACACGACGGUCUAUUUGGUUUCCCUUACAACUACCUCGGUGUAGCCACUCCUGGUUUUCCGAAUCUCCUUUGGAUUGGGGGCCCCCACUCGACAGGCCACAGUGGUAGUGUCCCAAAUAGUAUCGAAAAUCUGGUCACAUAUAUCGCCAAGCUGCUGCGCAAAUUGCGAAGCCAAGGGAUCAAGGCAAUGUCCCCAUCGAAACAGGCGACGGAUGAUUUUGUCGAGUACUGUGAUCGAUUCUACCCUCGAACCGUGUGGACUGCCAACGAUGACUCGUCUCCUGGUCAGAAAAACUGCAGCUCUUGGUACAACGGCGGUCGUCCAGGAGGGCGUGUCCAUGGACUGUUCCCCGGGAGUGCUGUUCAUCUGAACUAUAUUCGCAGGGACCCUCGCUGGGAAGACUGGGAAUAUACCUACACGAAUCCCAGUGGCAACCGUUUUGCGUACUUCGGAAAUGGAUGGACUUCCCGAGAACUGCAGAAAGAUGCAGAUUUAACGCCACACUUGAAGCGGCCGGAUGAGAUUGAUUUGCGCUCAUAUCUAGAGGGGUGGUGGGACGUGUAG